CGAAUCGCGGGUGCAGUGCAGCCGGAGUUUGCGAGGGCAGACGUGCCCUAAGCAGGUGAGGUGUGCAGGUACGUACUUGAAUUUUGGUGGCUUGUGAUUGGCCGAAAACCCACACCACCCGUUUUUCGAACCCUCGUUGGGACCAAGCCCACCUCCGACCUCACCAAGGAAAAAUUCCCACUCAAGCGAACGUCGCGACCGCACUUCAGCAACGAUACUAACACGGCAGUCCAACCCCCUCCUCUUCGUCUCAAUCCGCCCACGAGCACGAGCACGACUGCACCACAGCCAACAUGUCUGACAACGGCGAGCUUGAGGUCGAGAACUCUGUUCUCCCCGAGAUCCUCCCCAAGGAUGUCGUCAAGGAGGUUGGCAACAUCAAGUUGUUCAACAAGUGGGAUUACGAUGUUGAGGUCCGCGACAUCUCCCUGACUGACUACAUCUCCCUCCGCAACCCCGUCUACCUUCCUCACUCCGCCGGUCGCUAUGCCACCAAGCGCUUCCGCAAGGCCAACUGCCCCAUCAUUGAGCGUCUCACCAACUCGCUCAUGAUGCACGGCCGCAACAACGGAAAGAAGCUCAUGGCUGUCCGCAUCGUUGCCCACGCUUUCGAGAUCAUCCACCUGAUGACCGACCAGAACCCCAUCCAGGUCGCCGUUGACGCCAUUGUCAACUGCGGUCCCCGCGAAGACUCUACCCGUAUCGGUUCCGCCGGUACCGUCCGUCGGCAAGCCGUCGAUGUGUCGCCUCUGCGCCGCGUCAACCAGGCCAUCUCGCUGCUCACCACCGGUGCCCGUGAGGCCUCGUUCCGCAACGUCAAGUCGAUCGCCGAGUGCCUCGCUGAGGAGCUGAUCAACGCCGCCAAGGGUAGCAGCAACUCGUACGCUAUCAAGAAGAAGGAUGAGCUGGAGCGUGUGGCAAAGUCCAACCGAUAAAGCGCUUGUUUAUGUCUUUUGCAGCAAAAACUUGGGGCUGCGAAAACUGGCGUGGGAUCUUACCUCUGGGGGGGCUUUUGGCGUGGUUACGGCAUCUUUCAGAAGUGCAUUUUGCGUUCGGGUCUGGGGAACGCGGCUACGGAUUGUCUCCAAUUCGCUCUAGAGUCUCAAUAAAAAUCGAGCUCCAGGAGCAAAUGAAAUGAAU